AUGCGACUUUUCAGCGAAGUCCAAAAUGCACAGCCGUCGGCAAAGCAGAAAGAAGAUAUUCAUGUUCUAUUGGUAGCUGGUUCAAACGGUUGGUGGAAUUACCGUCAUCAGGCUGACGUCGCUCACGCCUAUCAUUUGGUGAGAAAUAAUGGAAUACCUGAAAGCAACAUCAUAGUGAUGAUGUACGAUGAUAUUGUCAAUAAUCCAGACAAUCCAUAUCCUGGAAAACUCUUCAACCAGCCAUAUGGCCCUGAUGUCUAUCACGGAUUGAAAAUCGACUACAGAGGCGACUCGGUCAAUCCAAAAAAUUUCUUGAAUGUUCUCCAAGGUAAAUCGAAUGGAGUAUCAGGUGGCAAUAGACGGGUUCUCAAUAGCACCACCAAUGAUCGCGUCUUCGUCUACUUCACUGAUCAUGGAGCUACUGGCCUAAUUGCCUUCCCUGAUGAUAUACUAUCAAAAGAAGAUUUGAACACAGCGCUAACUAACAUGCACAAGGAAAAACGAUACAGUCAACUAGUAUUCUACCUGGAGGCAUGUGAAAGUGGCUCAAUGUUCGAUGGAGUGCUAAAGGAACAAAUGAAUAUAUACGCUAUGACUGCUUCGGCUCCGGACGAGUCAUCCUGGGGCACGUAUUGUGACAACGACAUGGACCUGCCGUGCCUCGGCGAUCUCUUCUCGAUUAAUUGGAUGCAAGAUUCCGAGAAGGUACAUUUCUACUGCAUUAAACUUACUUUCAGUAUAAUCUAG